AUGAAUAAAAUAUAUAUUAAGAUUUCUUUGGCACUUUUAAGCGUAACUGGAUAUAUGCAAAAUAUGGCAUUUGCAAGCGAUUCUACCCCAAGCCCCAAUUCUCCAAAUGAAACAAGUAAAGAAAUAUUAGAUAACGACUCUGAAGACGAUAUACAACAAUCAUCAUCCAACCCUAAAGAAGUAGAACAUCUAUUAUAUGACGACCCUGAAGAAGCUAUAAAAGCAGCAGAUGUUAUAUCCGAAUCUUUAGCUCAUAUACAUAAACAGAUCGGAAAUAUAAAUGAUUACAAAUUAUAUUCUAAGCAAGAUGGAGCAAUUCUAUAUUUUAAGAAAUUCAAAGAUACUGAAAUUGGAAAACUUGAACUUACAAUCCCAAACCCCGAUAGUUAUGAUGAUAUAGUAAACAUGCUAUGGGAUCCCAAUGGCGCAAAGAACUUCGAUAAUUCAUUCAUUAAAGGAACCAUUCGUCGAGUAUACAAUAAAAAUUUACUAAUUAUACAACAACGUCACAAAAGUGGUAUGAAAGCAUGGAAUGGAUAUUAUCAUGCAUUAGGCGGCAAAAUUGAAUUAUCAAAAGACAAAACUAUGAUAAUCGUGGUUUCAUCAGACAUGAAUGAUCAUGAUGGUGGAAAAAAUAAAAAAUAUGUAAACCCUUUCGUAGAAAGUGCAAACUCAUUCAAGCCUGACAUAGAUUCUGAAGAAGAUAUUAGAAAUGGAGAUUUAUACAAAAUGUAUAUUAACUUAGUAGCAUUUUUCAUUAAAAAGGAAACCGAUUGCGUUAAAGUUACUUAUUUCAUCUCUAUUGAUCCAAAUGCUCCUUUCUAUGUCCCAAAUUACUUUGUUAGAAAAGCUUUAGUCGUCAAAAUUUUAGAUAUUGUCAAAUUAAGGGAUAUUUUUAAAAAGUAA